UGCGUGUUACCUACGUAUUGUGGGUUGCCUGACGAUUAAAUAAUAUGGCUGCGUUGUGUUGAGUUACGCUGAGAACAGGUGCCUUGUGAGCACGUUUACCAUUUCAUGUUUUUAUUUUUGUCGCCAAUGUGAUGGAAAUCGAACAAAUCACAUGUGUCCCCAAAACGUUAUCACCUGAAGACCAACACCGUUUAGAGCAGCAAAAUUCGCGCUUAGUAUCAGAUUUUAAAGCUUCACAAUUAGAGAAAGAUGCUCGGAAGCACUGGGAUUUGUUUUAUAAACGUAACGAGGCACGUUUUUUCAAAGACCGUCACUGGACAACUCGCGAAUUCAGAGAAUUGUUGGACAAUCAAACAGCCGGCACGAAAAGGGUGCUUUUGGAAAUUGGAUGCGGUGUUGGCAACUUUAUUUUCCCCUUGAUUGAGGAACAGCUAAAUUUUGAUAUAAUUGCUUGCGAUUUAUCCUCGAAAGCGAUUGAGAUCGUGCGAAGCAAUAAGCUUUACAAUGAAGGGUAUAUGAGGGCGUUUCAAGUCGAUAUAACAACAGAAGAUGUUCUAAACCAAGUGGAUGCGAAUAGUGUGGAUAUCGCGACGCUGAUCUUUGUGUUAUCAGCCAUACAUCCCGACAAAUUUGUGACCACUUUGAGAGUUAUCCACAAAGUAUUGAAGCCGGGAGGAGUUUUGCUCUUCAGGGAUUAUGGUUUAUACGAUAUGGCUCAGUUGAGGUUUAAAGCGGGUCAUAAAAUAUCAGAUAAUUUUUACAUGAGACAGGAUGGAACGAGGAGUUACUACUUUUCAGUCGAGUUUUUCUCAAAUUUGUGCGUUGAAGCGGGGUUUGAAGUUGUAAGUAAUGCAUAUGUGCAUCGAAGAACGGUCAAUAAGAAAGAAAACAUCGAUGUGCCAAGAAUUUUUAUUCAAGCAAAAAUUAGAAAACCACCUUGAGGUAUUUAGUGGCGAAAAUAUGAUCAGAUUUAAGAUGUUGGGGCAUUUUCACAACAUACUUGUACUUUCCAAAGAAUGGUUUGCAAUACGAGUAAUGAACGUCUUCCCACACUUCAUGAUGGUGAUUGAAUAAGCAAGAAGCAAAGAAACGAUGAAGCAAAGGAUUAUGAUUUAAUACUGCAAAUUGAAUAUUUUUAUGAAAUAAAGAUAUUUGAAAAUAA